UAUCCUUUUUCGACCGUUGACGCAACGUUUACGAAUAAUGUUUAGCAAGAAUUAUCAAGGUGGAGCUGUGGUGGAAAUCUUUAGUGGACAAGGAAAAGACCCUGUAGCCAAAUGGAAACUUUGCGGAGGUCCGUCAGCCAUACAUAAGGAGUACAAUAAAGAAGUGAAGGGCUUUGUUUACUGCCUGAAGGUCAGCAGCCAGACAGUCAAGAUGCAAAUACCAAAGAGUGGGAAAAUGUCUCUUGGACUUCUUCAACGUUUCUUGGUCCUUCAAGUGAAUAUUCCCGAGUUCAAGGACUUUUCUAUUGAGCUUGUGAUAACUGAUUUAGAGCACCUGAAAAGAAGACUUCACUUGUCAACAGUCCAUAAAGAGCUGUCUGCCACACUUUUGCAUGCAAAGAUACCUUUUGUAGGAUUGAAACGCAGUACUUGGUCUACGUUGUGCAUCGACCUUCAAUCAUUCACCGGUGAACUGUUCAAGGGGUUUCUGACACUGGAUUGCAUCACAUUGUUUGCCACCUGUAAAGUCCGCAGAAUCUUCACCAUGAAGACAGAGCCUACAGGAAUGGCAAAUGAUGACAUGUUUCUUAGUGGUGCUGGUAUUACGGACUUGAUACCUCGCAGUUGCCACUUCCCAACAGAUGUAAACCACGUCACUCAGGUGUUGAACAUGGAGAAUUCGCGGAAAGCAGACAUGAGGCUGUUGAGCUCUGACUGUGUUCCUGAUCACUCUACCACUGCCACAUCUACCGCUUCUCGGCGAUCCGGGCCCCAGGGGGUUUUACACGCAGCCUCAGGCUCCACGCUUUCAGGCCCACCCCCUCAAACUGGAAGAAAAGGCAGUGCAGCCUCAGACGGAAUGGAUAAAAGUGCAACCCCGUCCAAAAGAAUGAACCAAAAAGUCACUGCAGAACGUGAGAGGGUUGUGGUUGUUUGUGGUGCAUGUGCUUGCCAUGGCAACCAUUCUUUUGUUAUUUGGCCAAAUAUGGAAGCUGCUACUCUUCUUUCUCUUCUUGUUUAAGACUCUGG